AUGCGCAUCCCGUCUCUCUUCCUCUUCCUCUCUGCUGUUGGGGUAUGCAAAGCUUCUCCUGCUGCUGGUGGUGGUCAGUCCGCCGCGCAGCCGAUUCUCUUUGCUGCGACGUGGACGAAAGAGACGACGAACGGGAUCAACACGUUCAAGCUCAACACGGCUGACGGGUCCCUCACGCCCUACGGAAUCACUCCACUCGCUUUCGGGGACAAGGGACUGAACCCGACGUACGUCCAGGGCUCGAAAAAGACGUCGACGUCGGGCGAGCAUAUCAUCUACGUGCUCAAUCGCGGCGUCGAGAAAGGGUACGUGUCUGCAAUGACGCUGCAGCCGGACGGCAAGUUGGAGGUGCUCAACACGCAGGAGAUGAAGGGCGCGUCCCCUGCCCACAUUGCACUGAGCUCGAACGGCAAGUUCUUGUCCGUUGCCAACUACGUCGGCAGUCUCUCGCUGUUCCCGCUCAAUGCUGACGGUUCUAUCGGCAAGGAGACGUUUUAUCUGCACUUCCCGGUUGGUAGCAAUGUCGUGAAGGACACCCAAGCGACGGGUCACAUCCACAGUACCGUGUGGCUGCCCACGUCGAACCGCGUCAUUGCGGCCGACUUGGGAAGUGAUAAGCUGCUUCAGUACGAGGUGGGCCCGGCCAAGAAGACGGUGAAGAGCCUGGAGACUGUCCGCUGUAAUCCAGGGUCGGGACCCCGCCACUUGGUCGUCGACCAGAACGGGAAGUUUGCGUACGUCACGGACGAGCUGUCGAACACGGUCAGUGUGUUUGCGAUCGACAAGGAGUCGAAUCUACUGUCGAGCAAACCGUUGGCGAGCGUCACGACGUUGCCAGCGGGUUUCACGAACACGAGCAGUGCUGCUGACAUUCACUUCUCGAGCAACGGACAGUUUCUCUACGUGUCGAACCGCGGCCACGACUCGAUUGUGUCGUACAAGGUCAAUGCAGAUGGCACGCUAAAGGCUCUCGACUGGGAGAGUUCGCGCGGCGUGACGCCUCGAGGCUUUACGAUCUACGGAGACUGGCUCAUUGUGGCGAACCAGGGAUCGGACGACAUGCAUGUGUUCAAGGUGGACAGCAAGACGGGUGCACUGACGCACACUGGCAAGCCGUACAAGGUCGAUGGAGUGGUGAGUCUCUACGUCGGGGAAUAG